GCGCGCAGCCUCCAGGCCUGACUAGCUAGCCUCCUGAUCUACAAUGAGCCAGUGAAGCCGCGAUGCAAAGUGCGCCUGCGCGAGCCCUGGGAGCCGCGUGCCUGGGAAACAAGGUGACUGAGUCGCAGCCCCGCGACUCUUCCGGGCUGUAGUGGAACAGGAAAGCCAGUGAUGGACCUCGUGAGACUUGCCCGACUCUUUUCUGGCCCCAGCCCCACAGGACUGUGUGCCCUUCAACACUUGGACCUUCUCAGAUUCACCCAAUGGGCACUAGGCAGGGAGGCAUUUCCAUGGCUGAGAGCCCCAUGGUCAACUUGGCGAGUGUCAGCUGCCUUCCAAAGCUCUGCCUUCUAUAGCUCGUCCUCUGGUCUGCCCUUGGGCCAAGAGAGCCAGAAGAACCUGGGUAGCCUGUGUUCUGACAGGAAGCUCAGUGCCACUGCCUCUCAGGAAGAAGAGGAUGAAGAGGACUUUGGGACCCUUUCAGAUAAAUACUCCUCACGGAGAAUAUUCCACAAGUCAACAGCCCAGCUGUAUAACCUAAGGCUCAAAGAACAGAGUUUUGAGGAGGAUGAGGAAGUGGAGCCCAAAUUGUGGCAGGGCCGGAGGAAUACUCCCUACUGGUACUUCCUUCAGUGCAAGCAUCUGAUCAAAGAGGGAAAGCUAGCAGAAGCCCUGGACCUGUUUGAGAGGCAGAUGCUGAAGGAGGAGCGCCUGCAGCCCCUUGAGUACAACUACACAGUGCUGAUCGGGGGCUGUGGGCGGGUGGGCUACCUGAAGAAGGCCUUCCAGCUCUACAAUGAUAUGAAGAAGAGAGACCUGGAGCCCUCAGAUGCCACAUACACAGCCCUGUUCAACGUCUGUGCUGAGUCCCCCUGGAAGGACUCCGCUCUACAGAGUGCCCUGAAGCUCCGACAGCAACUCCGGGCCAAAAACUUCCAGCUCAACCUGAAAACAUACCAUGCCCUGUUGAAGGUGGCUGCCAAGUGUGCAGACCUCAAGAUGUGCCUUGAUGUGUUCAAGGAAAUCAUCCACAAGGGCCAUGUGGUCACAGAAGAGACCUUCAGUGUCCUGCUCAUGGGUUGUAUCCAGGACAAGAAGAUAGGCUUCCGGCAUGCCCUGCAGGUGUGGAGGCAGAUGCUGAGUCUGGGUCUCAAACCAAGCCUCCACAGCUACAACCUGCUGCUGGCAGCAGUUCGAGACUGUGGCCUGGGGGACCUGGAGGUGGCUUCUAGGAUGCUCCUGAGGCCCCAGGAAGAGACCAUCCUGCUCCAGCCACCAGCAGGCAGGCAUCGGGCAGGGAGGAAAGGCCAGGCCAAGGCAGGUGAUGGCAUGUCAGCCAGACUGCAUGUGGAGACCCUGGAGAGGCAACUGUUUCUGGAAACUUCUCAGGCAUUUGAAGGGUCUCUAAAGCCUUGCAAGGCUGGGGUACCUAGUAGGACCCAGCCUGUGGUAGAAACCAAGGCAGAGUCGGAUCCCACAGCUGCCCUUGCCCCACUGACCCUGAAGCCAUCUGCCUUGGAAAGGAAGGUCAACCUCCUGAGUCUAGGGGCUCUCUCUUCCACUGUGGUUUCCUUUGGGACAGUGGCCACCCCUGCUGAUAGGCUGGCCUUGGUUGGGGGUCUGGAUGGUUUCUUGGACAAGAUGACAGAACAUGGGCUCCAGCCAGACAUCAGAACUCUCACUCUGCUGGCUGAGGUGGUAGAGCCUGGGAGCCUGGCAGAGUCUUCUCUGCUGACCAUUCUGGACAAGCACCAGGUAGAGGCUGACGUGACAUUCUUCAACACGCUGAUAAGGAAGAAGAGCAAGCUGGGUGACCUGGAGGGGGCAAAGGUGCUGUUGCCCAUUCUAGCAAAGAAGGGAUUGAUCCCCAACCUGAGGACUUUCUGUAACCUGGCCAUUGGGUGCCACAGGCCCCGGGAUGGUAUGCAGCUGCUUGAAGACAUGAAGAAAUCCCAGAUGACCCCUAAUACCCACAUCUAUAGUACCCUCAUCAACACGGCCCUCAAGAAGCUGGACUAUGCCUAUCUCAUUGACAUCUUGAAGGACAUGAGGCAGAAUAGAGUCCCAGUGAAUGAAGUGGUCAUCCGUCAGCUGGAGUUUGCCGCUGAGUACCCACCCACCUUUGACCGGUAUAAAGGGAAGAACACCUACAUGGAGAAGAUUGAUGGCUUCCGAGCUUACUACAAGCAGUGGCUGAAAGUGAUGCCAGCAGAAGAGGCCCCCCACCCCUGGGAGCAGUUCCGGACCAAACCGAAGGAGGACCAAGACAACCCUGGGGAUGCUGGUGUAGAUGGAGGCCUUGGGGGCAGGUGAUGGACCACACUGCUAGGACAAGUGUCCAGUCUCCACAGCAGUAUGGAGCCUAGGAGUCCCCUCCAUGUUAAUGAGUGACUGUGCCAGCGUCCUUUCCAGGGUAGGCGCCGCAGCAUUUUGCAGGCAUGGAUAUAGGGCAAACACUGGGCCUAGAAUAGGUCAAGUCACCUUCAUACACACAAUGUCAGGUCCCCUUUGCCUGCAAGGGCAUCCCUACCGCUGGUGAGAAAAGUGUACUUGUUCGUGGCCACACAGCAUGUAUGAAGUGGAGCCAGGGCUG